AUGAAAUCUGACAAUAGUUGUCAUAAUCCUCACAAACCCAUAACGAUCCGAGAAGUAUGGUGUGAAAAUCUGGAAUCGGAGUUCAAAUUGAUUUCAAAUCUCAUUGACGAAUACCCUUUUAUUUCCAUGGAUACAGAAUUCCCCGGUGUUGUCUUCAAGCCCCAGCAAGUGAACACGGCCAACAAAUUGGGGCGGGGCCCACGUAGACUGUCACCUUCAGAUCACUACCAGACCCUCAAGUCAAACGUUGACGUUUUGAACUUGAUCCAGCUCGGGCUUACUCUCUCCGACGCCUCCGGAAACCUCCCCGAUCUCGGAUCAGGCCAGCGAUUCAUUUGGCAGUUCAAUUUCUCCGACUUCGAUGUUUCGCGUGAUCCUCACGCCCCGGACUCGAUUGAAUUGUUGAAAAACCACGGGAUUGAUUUUGAGAAGAACCGGGAAUCAGGUAUCGACUCUGCGUGUUUUGCCGAGUUGAUGAUGUGUUCCGGGUUGGUGUGCAACGAGUCCGUUAGUUGGGUGACGUUCCACAGCGCGUAUGAUUUCGGGUACUUGGUGAAGGUUCUCACGCGCCGCGCGUUGCCGAGUGAGUUGAACGACUUUUUCCAAAUUCUCAGGGCCUUUUUCGGGAAUAACGUUUACGAUAUCAAAUACUUGAUGCGGUUCUGUCAGAGUUUGUACGGUGGAUUGGACCGGGUGGCCCGGGCUUUGGACGUGGACCGGGUUGUCGGAAAGUGUCACCAGGCCGGGUCAGAUAGCUUGCUGACGUGGCAUGCAUUUCAGAAAAUGAGGGAUAUUUAUUUUGUGGAUCAUGGGCAUGAAAAAUAUGCUGGAAUAUUGUAUGGAUUAGAAGUGUUUUAA